GUUACUUCACAAUUGGAAGGUUUUUGGUCCAUGUUGGCUAUAUUUAAUGCAUAACACAUUAGAUUAGAAUAUUUUCAUAUUAUUUCAAAUUUGAAUAUUAGAUUUUGUAGUGGCUCUCCCUGAUGUGAAAAGCCUAAUUGCAGUUAUAUAUGUAUAUAUUGUAUAUACUGUAUAUAUAUAUAUAUAUAUAUACUGUAUAUAUGCAUGUGAGUUACAGCAGUAGGUGCAGGAGGUCCUUCUCAUGUAUGAUGCAUUUUUAUCUGUUAUUCACACACAAGAAAAUGUACAGGUAUUUUCCUGUUAACACAAUUGUACUAUGUUAGUUAAACACAAAAAAGUUAGUUUUUUCAAUAUUUUUGUGUUUGUGUGUGGCACUGAAACUGUGAAUUCAAGUAAAGAGUUUUUUUUCAAAUGGACUUAAAACAAUGUAGGCAGUCAUUUACACAAAUUGUGGUUGCGCGUAUUCCAAAUAUACUGACAUACUAAAGUACCGGUAUGUGUUUUGUGUCUAUAGCUAUGAUAAAUGAUAAAUUCCAAAUAUUAUAUUCAUAAUUACUCUGUGAAAUAUUUGUUUAUAUUUUUGGGGUACUACUACAACAUAUAUUUAGUUCAGAUAACUGCUAGGACAUAUAGUAUUUAAUAAACAUUUUGUAAUACAUUUUGUUGAUUUUUUUUCUUUAUCCUGAAAUUAAAAUGUGCCAAGCGACCUGUCAAAAAUGCACAAUUGUUAAUACAAAAAUUACUGCCAAACAUUGAGGGAGCAUUUGACAUUGUCUGGAACAAAUCAGUGUAAUAUGCAGGUAGUGUUUCCAGGCAUUUAGCAUAAAAGUGGAUGUAUUAGUGAGGCGGGCCCAUGGUGAAGUGAGAGUGAGACCAUAUACAGUAGAUAAUCCUCUUAAGUCCUGCAGGUAUUAGGUAUUAUGCUGAUCCAUUGUGAAGACGUGUCCUGCGUCCUACAUAAACCACUGGCCAGCUCACUUGUGUUGGGCCACUCAGCUCAGCUUUGGCUGUCUUUGUGAUACAUUGCUGCAAGGUUUUUGGUGAUCGAGGGAUGUGAACUGAAACAUGCCAAGGCGGUUUGGGAUCCUGUCACCCCCAGUCAUUUGGGGAGAGAGCUGGACUGUCCCACUGUCCCUUAUUACAUCUUAAUCUACUAUAGCCUGCAGCAUCUCUGGUUUUUGGAGGAACAUGUAUUGCCUGAGAAGGAAGCGACUGCAGUUGAGGCGAGUCUUAUUCCUCCUCACUGGCGUCUUCGUCUGCAUUCUGUACCAGCUGACCAUCAGUGCCAGACGCUACGAGACUUUGCCUUUGCCUCAGUUUAGAGACGCUUUCACCGAGGGUUCGGCUGGUUGGGUCGAGGAUGUUACAGCCGAGAGUCGAGAAAAAGGCCAAACAGUCAAAUCGGAGCUGAGAAAUCAAACGACACCAGAGCCUCACGCUGUGAUCUCAUCAACCAACACGACUGAUGAAGCUAAAACACCACCAGUGGUCACCACCAAUAGAACAAUUGUGCACUGCAUCUAUGUGCCCCCUGAUGCUAAGGAGGAGGCCCCCAUCACUCCAUCUUCUCCUACUGAUGCUCCUCACAUGAAGGGAGAGUACCCUGAAGAUCUUUUUUCAGUGGAAGAGCGCAGACAAGGCUGGGUGGUCCUCCACAUCAUCGGCAUGAUGUACAUGUUUGUGUCACUUGCUAUUGUGUGUGAUGAGUUCUUUGUUCCUGCACUGGGCGUCAUCAUAGACAAGUUAGCCAUCUCCGAUGAUGUAGCAGGAGCUACUUUCAUGGCGGCAGGCGGCUCCGCCCCCGAGCUCUUCACUUCCUUAAUUGGUGUUUUCAUAGCCCACAGCAAUGUGGGUAUAGGCACUAUUGUUGGCUCAGCCGUUUUCAACAUUCUGUUUGUGAUUGGGAUGUGCGCUUUGUUUUCUCGGGAGGUUCUUCAUCUCACAUGGUGGCCUCUUUUCCGAGAUGUAUCAUUCUACAUACUGGACCUCAUCUUGCUCAUCAUCUUCUUCCUGGAUAAUGUCAUCAUGUGGUGGGAGAGUAUGAUGCUGGUGGCCAGUUACACCUUGUACGUCAUCUUUAUGAAGUUUAACGCCCAAAUAGAACACACUUUCAAGACUCAGCUUUACAAACACAAGAACAUUGUCCGAGUUAUUACUGAUGAGGAACCUGAGACGACUGGGGAUGGUGAAAAAAUUGCCCCUCCUGCUCCAGAAGACAAGAAUCGGUUGAAGUUAAAGCCAUCUCUUCAGCGUGGUGGAAGUUCAGCUUCUUUGCACAACAGCACCAUGAGAAACACCAUCUUCCAACUUAUGAUCCACACCUUAGACCCCCUGGGAGAAGGAAAAUUCAAGGACAAGGCAGAAAGUCUGAAUAAUGUUGUAAGACGCAAGACGGACAGCAAAAUGUCAUCAAAAAGUGAAGAUGAAGAUGACGAGGAGGAGCAGGCCAACGAGGCUGACCCCGCUCCUGCGACAGAAACCGAGAAGACGGAGCCACCAAAAGACAAGAAGGUACUCUCCAAGCAUGUGUUGGUGCCUAUCAAAAAGCCCAGAAGUCAGUCUUUGGUACCUUUAUAUGAGGACGAGCCUGCAGGAGGGGACGGGUCUGAUAGUGGCGAGGAGGACAGUGAUGAAGACAGUGAUGAUUCCAGUGAAGAUGAGAAGGAUGAGAACGAGGAAGAGCCUCUGUCUCUAGAGUGGCCUGACACGCCACGGAAACAAAUCACUUAUCUCCUCCUGCUGCCUAUCGUCUUCCCUCUGUGGCUCACUGUUCCCGACGUCCGCAAGCAGACCUCCAGGAAAUUUUUUGUGGUCACCUUCUUGGGUUCCAUUCUGUGGAUCGCAAUCUUCUCCUACCUCAUGGUGUGGUGGGCCCAUCAGGUGGGCGAGACCAUCGGCAUCUCUGAGGAGAUUAUGGGCCUGACAAUCCUGGCUGCAGGAACGUCCAUCCCUGACCUCAUCACUAGUGUGAUUGUGGCCCGUAAAGGCCUUGGUGACAUGGCCGUGUCCAGCUCUGUGGGCAGUAACAUCUUUGACAUCACUGUAGGUCUUCCGGUGCCGUGGCUCCUCUACUCGUCUAUCCACGGUUUUGUUCCUGUGGCCGUCACCAGCAACGGGCUCUUCUGCGCCAUUGUGCUGCUUUUCCUCAUGCUCCUCUUUGUCAUCAUCUCCAUUGCGUCGUGCAAAUGGAAGAUGAACAAGGCUCUGGGUUUCACCAUGUUCCUGCUCUACUUCAUCUUCCUGGUGCUCAGUGUCAUGCUGGAGGACCGCAUCAUUAUCUGUCCUGUUUCCAUCUGAGGGUGACGUCACACUCACACCCACACAUAUUUUUAGAGUCCAUGCAGGAUGCUGCUGUAGCCUCAAGUCAUGUUACCGCAACGGUCUGCAUUGUCAUAUUUUGGUGCUAGUAGAUAGCUGCUUUUUUUGGAUUGUAAAAAAGCUAAUUUUCUACUGCAUGAGGUGAAGUAUGCACUGAUUGUUAUUUUGAACUUCAGUGUAGGAAAUGAAAACUCGCUGAACGGAAAUUUCAUGCGAUUGUGAUAAUCAUAGAACAAUUGCGUUUAUUAAGAAAUGAAAGCAAACAACAUAUCCAUUUCUUUAUGUAGUUUCAUACAAAUUAGUGUCCAUCUUAACAAAUGAUGAAUCACAAACAUACAGUAGUUACAAGUGACAACAUGAUGAGUGAUGAGACAAGACUUCAUCGAGGUUUUCAGAUGACUGAUGUUUUGGUCAAGUAUUUUUUUUUGUAUUUAUGGUCAAAAGGCUAAUGUACAUGCUAUGAAACAAUGCUUACUCCAAGCAAGCACACAACUUUGUUCCUUGGUUUGCUCACUUUUGGAUGUGAUUUGAAGUCAGGGCAGGGCAGAGCUGUUUAGUUUCAAACCUGAAACCUUGCACAAAAAUUGGGACUUUGUGCAAGCAAACCUGCUUUACCGUCAUUUUUCAAGUCAAUUUUACUAUGAAAUAUAAAAAUACAUCAUGUUCUGUACAUGUUUACUUACCCAGUAGUGUUACAACAUCAACAGAAGACUAGUUACGAUAAAACCAAGUGAUUAUAGCUAUAUUUUGACUUAGUUGAUUAUGAUUGUACUGUACUCAGGAAAUCUAUCCUUGGUGGUCCCUUAUAACACAUUGUUACAUCAUAAAUCUCACUUUAAAAAGGGUAUUUCUUUAAAAACUGUAAAUAAAUCACAUUAAAAUCU